GUAGUGUGGCAUCAGCGGGCUUUAAGAUUGUAAUGUCUCUAUAGAAACCGCUGGAAGAACACAAGAGUUCCUAUGCUCAUCGCGUUCAGUGCGCUGCGUUCCCUCUGCACGCGCGCUCCAUCUUUCUCUUUAGGCUGCACUUUAUAUUAUCAUGAUAUGAACAUAACGAUGGAAAGUUUCGCUUGCGCAAAAUCCACAGUUUCUACUUUCGUUUGACUUAAGUCAUGCUGAUUUGUUAAUCAGACGCGUAUCUCUGUGGUUUGGACCAUGAGGAUCACAUGCGCUGCUCUGCACUGGAGAUAUAACCGCGCUGCGCUCUGACUCUUCUCCAUCGCUAACUUGCACCUUUCGUGGCCAUGAGUGCGGAGAAGCCAAACUUCCUGUCUCAACCUGAAGUGAAAAAUAUCUUUGUCUAUCGGAAUGGGGAUCCGUAUUACGAGCCCAGGCGUUUGGUGAUUAAUUCGAAGCGGGUUUCGACUUUCGACACGCUGCUGCGGGAGGUGACGGGCGGCGUCCGGGCUCCGUUCGGCGCGGUCAGGAACAUCUACACGCCCAAAGCCGGACACCGGGUGGACUCACUGGAGCACCUGAGGAGCGGAGAGCAGUAUGUGGCUGCUGGACGAGAGAAGUUCAAGAAGAUAGAUUAUUUACAGAUAGGAACCAGGAAGAAAAAAGUGCUUCAGCCCAAUGGAGUGCUGAAACCUGUUCCUCAGAGUCGUGUGAUCGUGUCUGCCAGAUUUCUCAAGCCCAUCAAAGAACCCUGUGCGAUAUUUGUUGUGGCAAAUGGAGACGUUCUGAAUCCAGCGGUGAGGUUGCUGAUUCCCAGCCGUGUGAUUGACCAGUUUGAGCGGAUUCUGGAGAUGAUCACGGAGAAAAUGGGUCUGCGAAUCGUCGGGGGUGUGCGGAGCCUGUACACCUUUGAAGGCACUCUCGUUAUGGACGGAAAGGAGUUAGAAAACGGGCAGUUUUACGUCGCUGUUGGCAGAGACAAAUUCAAAAAGCUUCCAUACGGUGACCUGCUGUUCAAUAAACCCAUAGGCAUGAAGAGAGUGAACGGGUCUAAAGCAGCAUCAUUACCACCAAUAUACAAAUACAGACGACAGAAUGGAGAGGCGGGGAACCAUCAUCUGAGUAAAUCUGAGUGUGGACAGGAGAAGAGCAGCCCUCCGGCGCAGAGCUCGAAAGAACAGCUGUCCUCUAUAGUCAGAGAGAUCUCACAGGCCAAACUCAUGAACAUACGCAAGAAGAGGAGCGAACUCACGGCUUCACAGGAGACUCAGGACAACGAUGAUGGAGAGGACAGAAGAGAAGAAGAUGAGAAAUCUUCACCAGUCCAGCAGGAGGCAGAGGAGGUCAGUCCUGAUGUAGAUGACUCAACCAAAACAGAAAGUGAAACGGCCCAAAACACAGAAGAAUCACCAUGUGAUGAUGAAGAACAGAAGAAACCAGAAGAUGAGAAAGAGGAAGAGAAUAAAGAAGAGGAUGGAGAGAUAAAGGAAGAGGGACCGACAUCAGAACCUGAGGAAAAUGACGACGGUGAAGAGAAGAAGGAUGAAGAAGCCGAAGGAGGAGAUGAAGAGGAGAAACCAGAGGAAGGAGCAGAAGAGGAAAACCAGGAGAACACAGAGAAUGGAGGAGAGCCGACGGAGGACAAUCCAGAUCCCAGUGAGGACGCGUCUGCAAAUGCUGAAUGAGAGAAUGAGGAAACAUGUAGUUCAGCGAGAAAUGAUUGUCUGCCAUCAUGUCGUUCUAACCAGUGUGAUUUUUGAGAAUGUUAUUGUAAAAAUAUUCUGCCCGUUAUUUUCUGUAUAACAACAUGAAAACGACGGAACGGAGAGACCAGCACUUUCUCCAAAAUAUCUUCAUUUUGUGAGAAGACAGAAAGUCAUAUAGGCUUGAGCGAUCAUUUCUGGAGGAUGACUAACUACUUUGAUUACUACUAAUUUAUUCAUAUUAAUAAUUUAUUGUAUGGAGUUUUAAGUACUGUGAACAUAUUUAAUAACACAGCUAAUUUAGCCAGUUAGGAUUUGAGACAAUAUCUAUUUACCAUAUAGUAAUAUAAUUAUCCAGUGCUAAUAUCUAAUAAGCUGAUAGAGGUAAUGUUUGCUAAAUUAUUUAUUUUAGAUACUUUUUGUGAAGAAAGUUAAAUAUAUAGAUUUCUAUUU